CGAGGCGCGUCGUAAAAGGUCGCGGUGGAACUUCCCUACGGUCUGGACACCUGGCACUUUACGGUGCCAGGCGCGGCUGACCCCGGAGAUGUCGGCUGCGUGUUGGGCGGAUCCCCUGGGUCCUCCCAGCAGCUUUGCGAAGCGGGUGCUGGUGACCGGGGGCGCUGGUUUCAUUGCAUCACAUGUGAUUGUCUCUUUAGUGGAAGAUUAUCCAAACUAUAUGAUCAUAAAUCUAGACAAGCUGGAUUACUGUGCAAGUUUGAAGAAUCUUGAAACCAUUUCUAACAAACAAAACUACAAAUUUAUACAGGGUGACAUAUGUGAUUCUCACUUUGUGAAACUGCUUUUUGAAACAGAGAAAAUAGAUAUAGUACUACAUUUUGCUGCACAAACACAUGUAGAUCUUUCAUUUGUACGUGCCUUUGAGUUUACAUAUGUUAAUGUUUAUGGCACUCACGUUUUGGUAAGUGCUGCUCAUGAAGCCAGAGUGGAGAAAUUUAUUUAUGUCAGCACAGAUGAAGUAUACGGAGGGAGUCUUGAUAAGGAAUUUGAUGAAUCUUCACCCAAACAACCAACAAAUCCGUAUGCAUCAUCUAAGGCAGAGGCUGAGUGUUUUGUACAAUCUUACUGGGAACAAUAUAAAUUUCCAGUUGUCAUCACAAGAAGCAGUAAUGUUUAUGGACCACAUCAAUAUCCAGAAAAGGUUAUUCCAAAAUUUAUUUCUUUACUACAACACAACAGGAAAUGCUGCAUUCAUGGAUCAGGGCUCCAAAAGAGAAAUUUUCUUUAUGCUACUGAUGUAGUAGAAGCAUUUCUCACUGUCCUAAAAAAGGGGAAGCCAGGUGAAAUUUAUAACAUUGGAACCAAUUUUGAAAUGUCAGUUCUCCAGCUUGCCAAAGAACUAAUACAACUGAUCAAAGAGACCAAUUCAGAGUCUGAAAUGGAAAACUGGGUUGAUUAUGUUAAUGAUAGACCCAUCAAUGACAUGAGAUAUCCAAUGAAAUCAGAAAAAAUACAUGGCUUAGGAUGGAGACCUAAAGUGCCUUGGAAAGAAGGAAUAAAGAAAACAAUUGAGUGGUACAAAGAAAAUUUUGACAACUGGAAGAAUGCGGACAAGGCAUUAGAACCCUUCCCAGCACAGCCACCGUUUGUGUAGUUAGGACAGUUUUUGGAAAAAGAAGAAAAUUAUCCUACCUCGACAAGAUAAGAAAUCAAGUGACCAAAUGAAGUGUCUUUUUUUCUUUUUCUUUUUCUUUUUCUUUUUUAUUUCAUGACUUUUUGUAUAAAAUCCAAAUGCCAAAUUCCUCAAUCUUUAGAAGAGUUUCAGUGUUGGCAUAGGAUUUAAAUAUCGAAAUUCUUUCAGGAAACUUUUCUGAAUUAGGAACCAGUAGGCAUAGAAGGGCUCCUUCAUAGGAGUGGGCAGAUGGAGGCAUUGCCUGGUUCUGAGAACAAGGGCAGUAUUAGCUCGGCCGAUGACAGCUUUGCUGGCACUGAACUCAGCCAGCCUCCCAGCCUUUUCCUGACUGGAAAGUCUCUGAAGUUUUCAUUUUUAGGCAAGCAGGAUGAGACUUAGGCCCUAACUCGUCUUUUUUUUUAAGGUAUGAUGUUGUGCUACAAUUGCUUU